GGCCGGCAGCGGAGGCGGGGCCGUGGUCCCCGGGCGGCCUGCGGGCGGCAGCGGGGUUGGGGGGCCGGGCGGCCAUGGAGCUGCUGUCUGCGCUGAGCCUGGGGGAGCUGGCGCUGAGCUUCUCGCGAGUGCCCCUGUUCCCCGUGUUCGAUCUCAGCUACUUCAUCGUGUCCAUUCUCUACCUCAAAUAUGAGCCAGGAGCAGUCGAGCUGUCCCGACGCCACCCCGUGGCCUCCUGGCUGUGCGCCAUGCUGCACUGUUUCGGGAGCUACAUCCUGGCGGACCUGCUGCUCGGCGAGCCCCUCAUAGACUACUUCAGCAACAACUCGAGUGUCCUGCUCGCCUCGGCCGUCUGGUACCUGAUUUUCUUCUGCCCCCUGGACCUGUUCUACAAGUGCGUCUGCUUCCUGCCAGUCAAGCUCAUCUUCGUGGCCAUGAAGGAGGUGGUGAGGGUCCGCAAGAUUGCCGUGGGCAUCCACCAUGCCCAUCACCACUACCACCACGGCUGGUUCGUCAUGAUCGCCACCGGGUGGGUCAAAGGCUCUGGCGUCGCCCUCAUGUCCCACGCCGAGCAGCUGCUCCGAGGCGUCUGGAAGCCUGAGACAAACGAGGUGCUGCACAUGUCCUUCCCCACCAAAGCCAGCCUGUACGGAGCUGUGCUCUUCACGCUCCAGCAGACCCGCUGGCUCCCAGUGUCCAAAGCCAGCCUCAUCUUUGUCUUCACCCUCUUCAUGGUGUCCUGUAAGGUGUUCCUGACGGCCACCCACUCCCACAGUUCCCCAUUUGACGUCCUGGAGGGCUACAUGUGCCCUGUGCUGUUCGGGGCAGGCUGGGGCGGCGAGCAGCACCACCACGACAAUCAUGGUGGAUCCCCCGCGGCUGGGCCUGGCCUGCAGCACCCGGUCCUGCCGGCCAAGGCCAGGGAAGAGCUGGGCGAGGGCGCCAGGAAGAAGAAGACCAAGAAGGCGGAUUAGGGGAGACGGCGUGGGGGUGAGGAGGGGACCGGUGGAGAGGCGCCACCCCAGGCCCCUCGGAGCCGGGAGCA